UAAUCAGCUGCAUAACACUACUCUCCUUGGUAACUUUUAACUCCAGCCCCAGACUGGUGUCACCUCUAAGAAAUGCAGCCCUCCUGCCCUGCAUGCAUGGCUGCUCUUCUCAUCACUCAUUAACUGGAAGGGGGAAGCUGCGGCUGCGGCACAGGCUUUGGGACACUUUUUUCAGCAGCUGGCUGGGACCCUGAGCGAGCUCGGUCCAUGCAGUGACUCCCCUCUUCCCUCGGACAGACCCAGGUCCCGGCCAGAGGAUGCUAAGGAGGGACUUCAGGCUGCGCUGGAGAGGCUGUACCCUCCGGCUGCUCGCCCUUUGCCUGGCUGCCUUCCUCUGCACUCACCUGACUGCAGAGCUGAAGCGUAGGUCAUGGCUCCUGGCCGGAGUGCCAGUGCAGGUACAGACCACCUUUAAGGAGCCCUUGGGAGAAGAACAAAGCAGGAUAGUAGAAGAAGUACCCAGCAGGAGGCAAGUGAUUUAUGUAAGGAGAAGCAGAAAAGGAAGACAGGCUGACAGCUCUGUGGUGCACAGAAGAGACACCAAGAAGAUUGUACGUUGGCAUAUAGACAUGCAGCCCUGGGCUAGUUAUUCACACUCACUCAAUGAUGAGGCCACAAGGUUUCUUCGCUACAUCACAACACCUCAGAUAUCUUGUUCUCAUAUCAUAAGAAAUGGCAUAACAGAGCAGUUGGAUAACACCAUCAAGCCAUGGACCCUCUGCCUGGAUGCUAAAUUUGAUUUAUCUCAUCAGAUCAGAAGCAAGCAAUGUCGGGUUUACUCACUGGGACUAGGAGAAGAAGACUACGUAUUUGAAGCCAACAUGGCCAAUGGAGGAUGUGAGGUCCAUCGGUUUGAUCCAAGUAUUAGAUCUGCUCAUAUUCACGAAGGGGAGCGUCUUUGGCACCAUCGCUUAUCUGUUGAUUGGAGGGAUCCCAAUCCUGCCAUUGCCACACAUAAACUACAGAGCAAUACUAAGAAACUGGGCACCAUUAUCAAUGAGUUUGGCCAUUGGAAGGUUGAUGUUCUGAAGGCAGACAUGGAAAGUGCAGAGUGGAAGAUUUUGGAAAACCUGAUUCUAGAAGGCAUUGUGGAACAGAUAGGGCAGCUGGUCCUGGAGAUUCACCUUCACUGGCCUGGGUUUGAGGUCAGUGGAAACGACAGCACCGUUGUCAGAUACUGGUACAGCUUGUUCAAAGAACUGGAACACAAGGACUUCAAACUUUUCUACACCUACAAGGACUUGACAAAACCACAGAUGCUAUUAAAAAAGGACCUGUUCAAUGCAAGCAGCAGCUAUAUACUGAGUUGGGUAAAUACGAGGUGGACAUGAGACACCACCACAGAGGUGUGCUGCAUAGAAACUGUCCGACUAGAAAAAAAAAGGCCACUUUUCAUCAUUUUAUUGGUGUGAAGACAUUAUUAUACCAUCAAGUAUCAAGUCUACAUCACCUGGAUAAUUAAGAUGGCCCUACAGUGAAGGGAUAUAUAUUUAUUACACACAGAACAUUGAAAUUUAUAUAUUUAUAUAAGUG